AUGAAGAAUUUAAAUCCCUUAAAAUUUGUAUCAAUUGCAACUAAUAAUCCGUUAAAGAUUAGACUGAAGCCUGUAUAUGAAGAAGAUAAAUCAAAUAUAGUUAUAAAUCCAUCACCAAUGGCUAUUAAAGAAUACAGAAGAAGAAACACUUUCGGAAAAGCAUUCAAAUAUACAUAG